UACACACGCACACCUGUGUCGGAAUACUUUAACUAUAUCAUUAAGUCUAACGGAAAUAUGGUGAUGUCUCUAUACAACUCUGGAGUCCAGUGUACCGUGGUAGGGGACGGAAUGGUCGGAAAGACGUGUCUCGGACGCUCCUUUGCUGACCAGACAUUUCCGGUCAAUUAUGUGGCUACCGUCAUGGACACAUACAGAGGUACAACUUAUGUGGACGGGAAUAAAUACGGAAUUACACUCACUGACAUGGCUGGAGAGCAUGACGUCGUAACAGUAAGUGACUUUACAGCCACAGAUGUAUUCAUCAUCUGCUAUAGUGUCGUAGACCGAGAGUCCUUUGAAAGUGUCCAUGAUUUCUGGGCCCCCGAGAUCCGGAAAAUUGCCAAGAAACGCCCGGUCAUCCUUGUGGCUACUCAAACUGACCUACGACAGGAAUGGAACAAACAACACGUAACAAUAAAGGAAGGAGAAAGUCUGGCUAAACUUAUGUCUGCAGCUCGUUUUUCGGAAAGCUCAGCCUUUGCCAAGAAAGGGGUAACAACCAUCUUCAAAAGUGUGGUGCAAGCAUCUCUAAAGUUCCACAAGAAGAAGUGUAACAUCCUCAAACGCGUUCUUAGUAGUAUUUGAACAGACAAUUCAAUAAAUUGAAUUCGAACUUGAACUGAUCCCCCGAGAUCAAAGAUGGACCAUGCUGUUACAAGCGUUGGCUACUAUCAAUGGACCAGCAGGUCUAGAGGAUAUACCGUUCCAGGUAUCUGCCUGUAUAUGGAUACCCCCUUGAUAUAACUGCAUGAGACACACAAAUUUCUAGGAGAUAUACCUCAAGGGAGAUGACCUUUGAAGGAGACACAACAUAGAAACAAUGGCUGCAUUGUCUUCUUCUUCUUAGAAUUACUACCCUGCUCCAUACCUAAAUACCAAGGGAAGUUCAUCUACUUUGUGAGGAGAAGUAUACCAACAGUGAAUGACCUCUUUUAAAUUUUGACAAUCCUCGGUGAUUGGUCAACAAUGACAAUGUGAAAGUGUCUUCUUAUCUUCUCUGACGAGGAGGAACAACGUGUGUUUAUUGUACAAACUAUACAAUGCAGUGUGUUAACUGAUAAACUGGUUGUUGGCGAUCUGAGUCACCCUGGGACGAUGUAUCAAAAUCGGCAAUAAACCUUUAGCCUUACCAACACUAGUAACUGCCCUGUAUUACCAUUCAGUGGAUGUGGUAUAUUUCCCUGUCAAUAACAAUCGUGAAAGGACAGAUAUGACAUGUAGCCACAUGUCAAUACACUCUUCCCUAAUCGCGUUAAAAUGAUGCUCAAUAUCACGCAAUACCAAUUACAAGACAAGUCUGUCUGGCUGAUGAAAUAAAUAUCGAACCUUAAA